AAGCAUGAAUGCGUCACUCUUCCUGGCUGUCCUUGGCUUGGGAAUAGCCUCAGCUUUUCCAAAACUCGAUCAAAAUUUAGACACAGAAUGGUACCAGUGGAAGGCAACGCACAGAAGACUCUACGGCAUGAAUGAAGAAGGGUGGCGGAGAGCAGUGUGGGAGAAGAAUAUGAAAAUGAUUGAGCUACACAACCAGCAGCAAUACAGCAAUGGGAAACAUGGCUUCACGAUGGCCAUGAACGCCUUUGGGGACAUGACCAACGAAGAAUUCAGGCAGAUGAUGAAUGGUUUUAAAAACCAGAAGCACAAGAAGGGAAAGGUGUUCCGGGAGCCUCUGUUUCUUGAGGUCCCCAAAUCUGUGGACUGGAGGGAGAAAGGCUACGUGACUCCUGUGAAGAAUCAGGGCCAGUGUGGUUCUUGUUGGGCAUUUAGUGCCACCGGUGCCCUCGAAGGACAGAUGUUCCGGAAAACAGGCAAACUUGUCUCACUGAGUGAGCAGAACCUGGUGGACUGCUCUCGUUCUCAAGGCAACGAGGGCUGUGAAGGUGGCCUAAUGGACAAUGCCUUCCGGUAUGUUCAGGAGAACGCAGGCCUGGACUCGGAGGAAUCCUACCCAUAUUUAGGAAGGGAUGGACACUGUAAUUACAAGCCUGAAUAUUCCGUCGCGAAUGACUCUGGCUUCGUGGACAUCCCUGUUCGGGAGAAGGCCCUGAUGAAGGCAGUGGCGACCGUGGGGCCCAUCUCUGUCGCUAUUGAUGCAGGCCACGUGUCCUUCCAGUUCUACAGAGAAGGCAUUUAUUACGAGCCAGACUGCAGCAGCCAAGCUCUGGAUCACGGUGUUCUGGUGGUCGGCUUUGGCUGCGAAAGAAACGAUUCAAGUAAUAAUCCAUACUGGCUUGUCAAGAACAGCUGGGGUCCAGGAUGGGGCUCGAACGGCUACGUAAAAAUGGCCAAAGACAGGAACAACCACUGUGGAAUCGCCACCGCAGCCAGCUACCCCUUGGUGUGAGCGGAUGGACAGGGAGGAGGAAGGACUCGAGAGAACAGCACAUCUGGAGGAAUUUUAUCUGAAAACUGACCAAACCCUUGAUGUGUAAGAUAAAACACUUGACUCAUUGAGGAUCCACGUUGUGAUUUGAAUUCUGUGACAUUUUUACAAGGGUAAAAUGUUACUACUACUUUAAUUACUGUUAUUAACCGCUUUACGAUACCGAAGACUCAUUUAAUUCUAAGACUUUCUGAGUUUUCAUUUUUUAGAAAGAUGUAUAAAACUUUACCUUUUAGAAUAAAUUUUAAUUCAGUAUGUAAA